AUGACGAGGCAAUCUUCCGACGCCUUUCUUCCCUCGGGCGGCUUUGAUCCUGACGCCCUCCUCUCAACCUCAUUUCCGUCCGCCAGCCAGCCCGAGUCCUCCACCUACAACUUGCAACCAAUCCACGAAUACCACACACGUACCUCUUCGGCUGCCGUUGCGCCCCCCGGCAUCGCUCCCUCUGCGCCACACUUCAACUAUGCGUCCUCCUACAUACCUCUCUCCUCCUCCCUCGACCCCUCCCUCCGUCGCGAUAGCAGCCUCUCGCCCACCGAUAUUGGCGUCGCCAGGGCGCCCGGACCCCCAAUGCCGCCGCCUCCUCCUGCCGGCAAUCUGCCCCGCGAUGCUCUCUCGUCCAGCUUGGGCAUUGCCACGUCGCUCUUCCGCUCUGUCUCUGCAGAUGCUGCCGCGCCGCAGCAGACGUCGCUGCAUCUCGUGCAGCGUCUCGCCCAACAAAACUCGCUCAUCCGCGAUGCCUGGGAGGCCGAGCGCAAAUACCUCGAGGCGAAUCGUAAACGCGCCGAAGAGGUCUACCAGGAGGAGCGCACUAUCAUGGAUGAUAUGCGCCAGUCAUGGUUCACGGAAAAGGCGGCCAUGCAACGCGAGCUGCAUGCAUUGCGCGACCGUGUUCAGCAUCUCGAGAACGAGAAUGUCGGCCUCAAGUCAAUGUCCUCGCCACUCAGCCAAUUAAGCGGCCUGGUCUCGCCUGCCGCCGGUGCCAAGCUGCAUGUCGACUUGCUUCCGCCUGGUUUGCAGGGUGCCUCGCGCCGACCACACUUUCUCAGCAGCAACACGUCGCGCGCUUCUCCGACAGGCAAUCCCGAGCAGCCCGCGACCUUGCCUCUCGAUCCACGUACCCAGCCCGAGACAUCGUCUGCUCGGGAUUUUCUUGCCUUCCGCAACAAGUCGAGCGACGCACCAAUUCCUGUCAUUGACGUCCACGAGAUUGACCCCAAGCUGGACGGCAUCUUCAUCAAGGCCAACGCAGUCCGCGACACUUUUACACAGUCUUCUGUCAAGUCUUCUGUUAGGUCUUCGCCCGCAACGUCGCCACCCGCGGAUCAGAAUUCCACGGAUCUGGAGGGUGCCCCCAACCGACGAUCCUCGCACAAGGCUCAGACGAUGCAAGCACUCGCAGCCGGUGAGCUGCGUCGCAGAACGAUGCAUGCCGGACACACGCCCAACCACUCAUUAUCGCUUUUUCCCACCAUGACGACACUCGACGGCAGUAUGACGGCUGGUCAGAGCGAGGCAACAACGCCCACGGCAGUUGACAAGGCUGUCAAAGAAGACAUCCAUGAGGCCGAACCCGCUCCGGAGCCAGAGCCCGUAGACCCUGUUUCAGAGGAGGCUAAGCCACAUGAAGAUGUUUUGGUCGACGAUGUCGACGAGACGCAGCUUCAGCCUCGCUGUGAGCCCAAGGAUGAUAUCCCGCUCAAAGGCCCGCUCAUGGUGAAGAAUAUUCCCGCGCAGGACGAGAUUUUCUGGGCCCGCGUCAAUCAGAAGCUCGAGGGCAUCAGCCAUAGCGAGGAGGAGGCCCUACCCACCGUCAUCAAGUCACAGCUGGCGGACGACGGCAAACCAAAACUGAAUGGCUCUGACAUCCCCGUGGAUGUUAAGCCGCUCGAUGUGGACGUUCCGCUCAAGCUUCGCACAACGACCAACUUUGGCGCUCCGUUUGGCGUGGCAUAG